CCUAGAAGCUCUCCCCAAGUUUACACCUUCAGGAGCGCCAAGGCUCUGGGACUAUAUAAAGGAUGUCUUGAGGGAGGAUUUCCACAGUUGGAGACAAGGCGGCCGCAAGCAGCAGCAAGAAGCCGGGAUUCCCACAAGCGCCAGCCGUUUGAGCGAGCCACAAUGCUCCCCUCUGGCCUCCACCUCUCUGGCUUACUGCUCGCCUGUCUGCUCCUGGACAGCUGCUGGGCUUUCAAGAAUGACGCGACGGAGAUCCUUUAUUCGCACGUUGUCAAAUCCCGGCCAGCCAGCUCCAGCAGCAGCAGCAGCAGCAACAGCACCUUGAAUCAAGCCAGAAAUGGAGGCAGGCAUCCUGGAUUCGAUCGAAGCAGUCGGGUUCAAGUCGGCUGCCGGGAACUGAGAUCCACCAAAUAUAUUUCAGAUGGCCAAUGUACCAGCAUCAACCCUCUGAAAGAGUUGGUCUGUGCCGGAGAGUGUCUCCCUUUGCCAGUGUUGCCAAACUGGAUUGGAGGAGGUUAUGGAUCCAAGUACUGGAGCAGAAGGAGCUCACAGGAAUGGCGGUGUGUCAAUGACAAAACACGCACCCAGCGGAUUCAGCUUCAGUGUCAAGAUGGAAGUACCAGAACCUACAAAGUAACUGUAGUCACAGCUUGUAAGUGCAAGAGAUACACCCGACAACACAAUGAAUCCAGCCAUAACUUUGAAGGAGCGUCUCAAACCAAGCCAAGCCAACAUCAUAAAGAGAGGAAAAGGAACAGCAAAUCUACGAAGCACCCCACAAGUUAGAACUCGGCCAUGCAUUUAAAAAACUGAAUGUAACAAUAAUUGCCCACUUUACAGAUAUUACUGCCUAGCAAGAAAAAACAGCCCUAUCACAUCGUUUUUGCUUCUCGGCUGGGUGUACAUACACUUGUGGCUUUGACUGAACUCGGAAGGGCAUUCUGUGCAUAUGGGCCUUUUCCUUCUCCUUCCUUUUUUGGUGAUCAUUCAUAUUUUUAAGAUGGGCUACAAGCAUACAGCUGUUCGAACUUUACUUCUUGAUGUUUAUUGUUUUCUUUAUGUGUUCUGGAAACAAAUAAUUGUUGCCAUUGACAUUCAAUGAAUUUUAUAUUGUAGAGAGAGCUGCUGUUGCGAGUUCUCAUGGGCACAUUUUCCAGACCAAGUAUUUUGUCAGCAUCUCAUACAUCUCAUUUAAAAGGAAAUGAAUAUUUCGAAUAUCAUUCCAGUGAAACCAAAGCAUUGCACAUGCUUAUCUUUUCCUUCUGUAGAUAUAUACCUUACCAACAAAUUACUAAAUGGAAACAAAAUAUGCAUGGCAGCAGCUGAAACAUAAAUUUGAACAAAACCUAUUUAUUUGUCAAUGUAAUUAUUUAAUGAGCUUUUAAUGUGUUUUCUAUUUUUUAAGAUGCUGUUUUAUGUCUUAUGACUUUUUCCAUGCAUCAAAGUGUUUUCCUAUGAUUUGUGGUCAAAGUAGAAUAUACAUUUUGUAGAUAAUGUAAAAUAAAUAUUUUAACCUUUGUAGGGUUGUUGUUAUUGAUGUUGUUUUAAUCUUCAAGUCAGAAAUUUUGAAAAAAUGUUUUGUAAAUGCAUUGUAAAAUAUAUUUGUACUUUUAAAGUGUGCAGUCAAAAGAUA